UCAAGAUCAAGAUUAAAAUCAGAGUUUGGCGGGCAUGGUUUCGGCUUGUGGCACGUGUGUACCACAAAAUGAGUGAGAUACCUGCCAGGAGGCGACCCAGACGGCAAAGAGGAACUUCAAAGGUGAGAGAAAACUGUGGAUCAGACCUUUUUAUGUCUGAUGAUGAUGAUGUGGCUGACCAUGAUUAUGUCCAGCCUUCAAACAUCAGCAGCAACAAUGAUGAACCCCCGUUGCCGAGUAAGAAACGGCGCAAGAGGCACAGAACCACGUCUCUAUGGCAGCCUCGUGUUCCCCGCCUCCCAGACCCUGAAUCGAGUGAUAAGGCUGCAAGAAAUCUUCCUUGUGGCUCCAGAGUGUCUGCCAUGACCAGGAUGCCUCAGGAAGUGACUACUUCUUCAGUGGUCCCAGUCUUGAGUGACUCAACACACCAUGGACAAGUGAAGAAGCAGUACAACUUACAGGAGAAAACAGACUUCAUGUGGUCACUGAAGCUGCUUCACACUGCUGUCUGGGAGCACCGGUGGUAUGACGCCUUCAGGCUCUUGCCGUGUGUAGUCACCCAGGCAUUUCCGCAUCUUUCCCUGGAGCUCUUGUGGAAGGUGUGUGUCCUGCUUUUCCUGAAGAUUCUCUGUUGUAGAUGUACUUAAGUGUAUUUCUCAGUUUCAGGGUGGCAGAAGCUGUCUUACCUGAAGUGUGUGGAAGAGGCAGUAGACACCUGCCAAAACAAUAAUUACUCCCACUUAGGUCUCUAGCACUGGAUCACAAGGUGCUGUGAAUUUAUCAAUGAUCUCACUAUGAUGUCCUUUGUAUCUCACAACACAGUGGGGCAAUCAUAGCCUGUUCUCUAAAGACAACUCUUCCUUCUCACAACUCUAUAUGCAUAUAAUACAUGCAUAUUAGGGUGGAUAAUUUUUUUUACUUUCUUUGAAAUUGUUUUGUGGCUAGUGUGGAAAAGGUGCCAAAUGGUGAGAGAAAAGUGGUGUUAAAAAUAUUUUUUGCUAGGACAGUAUCUUCUCUCCCCAGCAGCUCUUCAGUUUGAAAAAUGUGUCUAAAAUGGAAAAACUUCACAUACUAUCCAAUUUCUACAAUUUAUUGUGAAUUGUUUGUGGCUAGUGUGCAGUAUUGUCUUCUAGUUGGAUUUUAAAAAUAUACUAAUUCUGUAAGCUGUACAGAUAUAUCUGUACACAGAUAUAUCUGCCUGAAAUAUUGAAGAAUUAAAUUUUUUCAAGACAAAUUUGAAAAAAAAAUUCCCAAAAAUCAAAUAAAGAAACUUACAUGAUUAGUUCAUAAGUUAUUUUAUAUCACUUAUACUCUAGCUAUGUAAUAUUUCAUUGAGAUUGGUUAUCAUCUGUUCCUGCCAUGUCACUUUUAAGUAUUGAAUAAUUAUAUUUAUUUAUUAUAUAUCCAAAAAGCAAAUCAUGUCAAAUGGGAGCAGAGGAGUAACAAUUAUUUUUUUUAUAGCUCAUUAAAGUAUAUAAAGAAUAAAUAUUUUUUAUUAUGAGCAAAGCAAAGUUUACUAUGGAGAUUGUUUCAUUUUGAGCAGCCCGGCCCAGCCUGACCAAAAUGCUAUUCAAAUGCUAAUAUCUGGAACUAUGCAGCUGAUUGUAAUGAAAUGAGCCCAUAUGAUAGCACAACUCUAUCAAUUUAAUAUGGUAUAGCUUUCAUCUUUUCUAUUGGCUGAAGUCAAUGAGUCAAUGAGUGACUUACCAAAAGUAAAAGGAUGUCAAAAAUGGGAUUUUGUCAAUUUCCUCCAGUUUUCACCAACUUUUUUUUGGUCUAAACAAGAGUGGACACAUACCACUGAACACAGAAUAAUAUUUCCUAUCCAGCAGUAUAUAUGAGUAGUGCAACCAUUGGGCUCUUGCAGAGUUUUGAGCUAGAGUGAUUUGAAUAUUAAGCAUAUUCUUCACAUGUGUGUUCCUUUCAAUUUUGCAUUAUUGACAGCUUCGCCUUUCAUGCACUUUACAGAUUUACAUAUUGUAACAAAAAUAAUCUCCCAGAAUUCACCACCAGGAGGUGGCUGUGUAUCAAGCUCCAGCCAUUCUCCAGCCCAUCCACCUUGCCAUUGCUGGAUAUACUUAUAUCUUGAAUUGCUCCUUGGUAUCAAAUUUCAGGAGGUUGUUCCUUGAUUCCAAUGUAUUCACAAUGACUCCUUCUCUUUUUGCUUCUCCACAGAUGUUCUGAUGCUUCUGUUACUAAAUGAAUUAAUCUUCUACAGCUUGUGUGUGACAGGGGAUAUCUUUGUAGUGUGAUGAUGGCAUACCUUCUGUUUGAAUAAGUUACGUUAUUUCUUCAUGGCGUGCCUCCUGUUUGAAUAAGUUAUGUUAUUUUUUCUUAAAACUCAUGUUCUUUGUUAAUGGUGGGUCUGGUAUUUCUGUGAGUUGCCAGAUGAUCAUAUCUCUGAAUGUACUGCAGUCUUUUUCCUUUCCAUAUACUUUUGAUUUGUGUUUUCUAAUUUCUAAUUCCAAUCAGGUCUCCGAAUUUCUGCCAAAUUUUACCACAUGACAUUUAUCAACAUUAAAAUUCAUUUGCUAUUUCUUACUCCAUUCAUAGAGUCCUGGGAAGUCUUUGUGUAACUCAUUACAGGAGCUUUCAUCAUUUAUUUUCCUUUACAACUUUGCAUCAUCAGCAAAUAUGUUCAUAUAGUAAGUCUGUUCCAAUACUAGCAUCUGUAUCAUUAACAUAUAUCAAGAACAUGAUUGGUGCUAACACUUAUCCUUGUGGGACUUUGCUUAUUACAUUUCUCCAGGAUGAGCAUUUUCCUCUUAGUAUUUCCUCAUUUCUCUUCCAUCCAGAAAAUGUUUUUUUCAUUCCAGUGAUUUUCCCUGAAUACCUC